GAUAUGUGAGGAAGGUAGUCUUUGGAAAAGCGAGCUGGUAGAUGCAACACCAUAUCAAACCACUUGUCAGGAGGAAUCCUAGUUGCCUUCUGUUGGGACGCUUCCACCGCGGGAAUCCAAGAAAUGAAAACCAUCUCACUGCACUGAUUCGGUGUCGCCGCAGCAACACCAGAGCAGAAAACCUGCCAAUUUCCUUUUUCAACACAAAUGACUGAUGAGAAACGAGGCUCCUGUUUUCAUUUUUCUCCCUCACUCAUUCACAGCAGGAGCUCGGUGACAAGGGGUCGGCUUCUUAAUCAUUUUUCCUCUUGAUGAAGAUCACAUAACUUUUGCCUGGAAAGAGUAAAUCUGACAGUUCAGCCAACGUGUACCGAUGGUUUUAUACUUUUGUUGCAGAGACAAAAGGUGGCUUAAAGACAAACCACCUAAAAGUGGAUGUCAGUCUCCUGUUCUUGGGGCCAUGAUUGACAACCUGGAGAUCUCCAUGAUCCCGGCCCUGGUGCUGCUGCCUCUCCUGCUGCGGGUUGCCGCGCUGCACUACCUGCUGGGCAUCACCAUCCUCACAACCCUGCCCGGCCUGGUCCUCUGGUAUUACUACGCCACGCACCGGAGGAAGAGACGCACCCUCUUCUUCCUCACUCUCGCGCUCUACUCUCUGGCCUACAUGUACUACCUCUUCAUGACGGAGAUUUUACCACGUGGGGACGUCAGCCAGCUGCAGGUGUGUACUGUGACCACCGGGAUGAUUCUCACAAUCGGCUCUCUUAUUCAGACCAAGAGGGGCCCGGGAGUUGUGACCCCUUCCCUACUUGAAGCGCGCAGCCAGAGUCAGGACAAGGACUCCACACAUGCUAAUGGAGCCAUCCAAUCGGCGGCCUCCUCCUCGGCCGGGUCUGCAGCAGAGUUGCAGACAACAGAAGCGACCCUGACAACAAAAUGGAGCAGGUGUCCUGUGUGCAAAAUAAUGCGACCCCCGCGGGCUGGACACUGUCGAACCUGUGGAUCCUGCGUCCAGCGUCUGGACCACCACUGUAUCUGGAUAAACAGCUGUGUUGGACAGACAAACCACCGCAGUUUCCUGCUGACCCUCUCUGUGUUCGUGUUGACCUCUCUGUAUGGGAUCAAGUUGGUGCUUUGCAGCCUCUGUCCUCGGCAGUAUCUCAUGACAGCUCUCCUCUACUGCCCCGGCGUCUACAGUCAGUCUAGCACGGCACUUUGCUUCACCUGUGCUUGGUACAGCAGCAUUGUCACGGGUGGAUUGCUUUACCUGUUAGUGGUACAAGUUCUUAAUAUCAGCUUCAAUGUGACAGAGCGGGAGGCUCAGCUGGCUCUGAGGAACAAAACGGGCCAGAGCCGCCUGUGGGGACUCGUCAUCGACACAGGAGAGUAUUCACGUGGCUUCUAUCAGAACUGGGUUGAGUUUCUCACCAUGACAGAUGCCUCGGUUUCUCCUCGCUCCAGCCUCACUGACUUGGUCUAGUUUCACUUUAUACUUUCCAGUAACAUCAUGAUAACAGACUGUUAAUACGGCAUGUGUGAAGAAUUUCAUCUCAUGUAUUUUCUUAGGACAUAUCAGCUGAUGACAUCCAGAGCUUAUCGCAUUCCAGCCUCUUAGAUACAAAAUAUCAGAAACUAUUUUCACUAAAAUAAGGUGCAGGGGAGUAUAAAGGUGCUCUGUUUACUGCUUAAAAAAAGCACACUCUGAUCAUAUUUUGGAAUUGGAAUUUGUAGCACAACUGCGUACUCAUGGAAUAAAGCUGCAGGAACUGCCAUAUA